GCCCUCACAGUUAAGACUGUGACAUGAAGAGGAAGUCUGCACAGAGGCCGUUAACAUUGAGGCCUGUUGAGCAAGGUUGACAUUGUCUCUUGACGCUUCAUGCGGGGUUGCCUCUAUAGAAGUGUUGGCAUUUUCCUUUGUUGAUGCUUCAAGUGGAACCUGAAGCAUCAACCACCUUUGUAGGGUGAUCAGCUCUGGUGAUGGGGGAGAAGAGCCCAGCCGGCUCCCCCCUCCAAGCUGAGGGGACCAGCGGGCCAGGAGAAGGAUUGGGAGUGGGCAUGUUGGAGAACUCGACGCAGGAGGAUCAGAACAAUGGGAGGCUCUCAUUCGACGAUGCCGGACUCCCCGUGCAGCUUCAGAGCGGCUUGGAGACACUGCGAUCUGAGAGCUCUCUGACAGAUGUGACGCUCCGAGUCCAAGGGGUGGAUUUCGCCUGUCAUCGGGUUGUGCUGGCUGCCGCCAGCCAGUACUUCAAAGCCAUGUUCUGUAGUGACCUGCGAGAAAAACAUGAAGACAAGAUCAGUAUUAAAGGGCUCGAUGCAGAGACCAUGGAAAUCCUCCUAAAUUACACCUACACGAGCAAGGCACUCAUUACUCAACACAAUGUGCAGAAAAUACUGGAGGCAGCCAGCCUAUUUCAGUUCACUCGCAUAGUAGAAGCCUGUGCCAGCUUCCUGGCAGAGGCCCUCCAUCCAGACAACUGCGUGGGGAUCCUGCACUUGGCCGACACGCAUUCUCUGACCAGCCUGAAGGCCCGCGUCCAGUCCUACAUCCUGCAGAGGUUCACACUGGUGGUGGCCCAUGAGGAGUUCCUGGAGCUGCCCGAGGAUGUGCUGGUGGGCCUGCUGCAGCGCGACGACCUGGCCGUGUCCGAGGAGGAGCACGUCUUCGAGGUGACCAUGCGCUGGGUCAGGGCCCGUGAGGCCGAGAGGGCCCCCUCCCUGCCACGGGUGCUCAGGCACGUACGGCUGCCCCUGCUGGACCCCUGCUACUUUGUGGAUAUGGUGGAGGGAGAUCCACUGGUCCGCAAGUGUGAGGGGCUGUUCUCACUGCUGCAGGAGGCAAGGGCCUAUCACCUGUGUGGGAGUGAGGUAAUUUCAGAGCGCACCAAACCAAGAAUGCAGGAGUUCCAGUCGGAGGUGUUCAUGAUCAUCGGAGGCUGCACCAAGGACGAGAAGUUUGUGUCUGAGGUGACAUGUCUGGAUCCACUGCGCCGGAGUCGUCUGGAGGUGGCCAAACUACCCAUGACCGAGAUGGAGACAGAGACUGACAAUAAGAAAUGGGUGGAAUUUGCUUGUAUAACAUUCAGGAAUGAAGUCUAUUUAACUGGUGGGAAGGAAACUCAGCAUGAGGCAUGGAAGUACAACGCCUCCCUCAACAAAUGGAUACAGAUUGAAUACAUGAGCCACGGUCGCUGGAGACACAAGAUGGCAGUUGUGGGUGGAAAGGUUUACGUCUUGGGAGGUUUUGAUGGAAUCCAAAGACUGAAAAGUGUGGAAGCAUACGACCCUUUCCACAACAGCUGGUCUGAGGCUUCCCCACUCUCCCUCUGUGUCAGUUCAUUCUCUGCUGCCAGUUAUGAAAAAUGCAUAUACGUAAUUGGAGGAGGUCCCAAUGGCAAACUGGCCACAGACAGCAUGCAGUGCUUCAACUCGAAGACAAAUGAAUGGACUCUCAAGAACCCAAUGCCUGUUGAGGCCAAGUGCACCAACGCUGUCACCUUCAAAGACUCCAUCUAUGUUGUUGGUGGCGCGAUGAAGGCACUGUAUGCUUACAGCCCAAAGGAGGAUGCAUGGAGCCUGAUGACCACACUGACCUGCGAGAGAGCCAGUUGUGGAAUUGCAGCCUGUAACAACAAACUCUUCAUUACCGGAGGCCGAGACGACAAGAACGAGGUCAUCGCCACGGUCCUGUGCUGGGACCCUCCGGCUCAGCGGCUGACCGAGGAGUGCGUGCUGCCCCGUGGAGUCUCUCACCAUGGCAGCGUGACCCUGAGAAAGUCCUACACUCACAUACGGAGGAUUACAACCCCCACGUGACCACGACUUGUGCACUGGGCAUCACAACAUGAAAAAGAACUUGAUAAUCUGCCUAUAACUUUUGUUCAAGCACUGGAAAGUUACUGUGUACAGGUACUUCCCCUUGAACAUAUCUAUACUAUGUACAUCAUGUCUUGCUUUUAUGUAACAUUAACUGAACUCACAUCACAUUUACCAUUUUCUUUUUUACAUCUUAAUACCCCAUGCAUUACUAUAUUUUUUCAUUGUUACACUGUAAUAAUACCCCUUAAUGCCUUACAGUAAUAGUCUAUAUAACCACUGAUUGUUUAAUUU